AAAAAAACUGUGUUCCAACAUUGGACACCAGUCUUUCGAAGGAACCUGAGCAGGUAGCAUACCAGGUUGCAAGCUGGGAAGUGUACUCAAGUAAAUACAUACAACAAUAUCAAUUAAAAAAUGGCGAUUGAUCAUCAAGUUGGAAGAAGCAUUGUUGGCAAAGUUAUUGAGUCGGCCCCAUCGGUCCUUUUUUCCGCCGUGGUGUAUGGUGUUCCCAUAGUUUACACUGCGGGUAUCGUAGCGGAGCUUGUUUUCACAACGUUUUUUAAACAGACCAAGCGUGGCCGCCCAAGUGUUUCAAAGCCACUCGAUAAACCAGAGAGUAAUCCGGCCCGCGCUCAGGGAGGAACUUGUGGAGCAUUUUAAUCUGUGUAUACCCUUCAUACAGAGACACCAUAUAAAGUCCAAAAACAUAAAAAAACAUUUUUUUUAAAAAUAAUAAAAAGAAUUGAAAUCAAAGAACAUAGUACAUUCCGUUCUUGCGACAAAGUUCUACUUAUAAAGCACAACUUUCCAAAGUCUUUUGUAAAAGGGUUGUCCUUGACGAGAUGACAAAUUCAAUGUGUUCACCGAACUUUUUUGUUGAUCACUAAUACUGUAAAGUAAGAUUUCAAGACCAUAUCAAGUUAUUGUAACGCCCACGUUGAUUAUAACUGUCAUAAGCUAAUGGCUGGGUAAAAAUAAAAAUAUCAAAAACAAA